AUGUUCCCAAUGUCAUCGAGCAACAAGGCAUUAUGCGAAGAACUGGAGAGGCGCAAUGCGCCGGCAGCUCCAGCGUCCGCAUUGGCUACAUCACCAUCCUCCAAGAUUGCCUCUACCUUAGAGACGAGUAAUACCGGUACGGCAUUCGGCAGUAGCGCCACCACUGAGGACUUUGCUCCCCCUGAGGGGCGGCUGCUUCAUGACCCAGAUGGGACCGCGCGUUACCUUGGGCCGUCGUCUGGUGCGCACUUUCUCAAUCGAGUCAAGGAGUUCAUGGCAACGAUACAGCCUCUUGUCGGCGCCCAACAAGGCUAUCCUCCUCAUUCGGGACAAGCAUUUCUCACGAGCGUUGGGCGUUACCAAACGUUUGACUCGAGGACGCUGCAACUUCUGCCUGUUGACCCGCUGCAACUACCGAGCCAGACGGAGAUGACCCUCAUGGUCACCGAAUUUCGGUUUUUCACUCAGGAUGGCAAUGGGGAUUUCCCUAGCGGUGGCAUUUUCUACUGGGGCAAUCUAUCAUUUGCAAACCAGUUUCCUUAUGAUGCGGCAGCUCUGCGGACAUCAGGUCAACUCGCGCUUUUGCACAUGAUUCUGGCUGUUGCAGCUCGCCUGGGGUCUGCGGCGAACUGGAAAGAUGAAGAUUGUAGCGAGCGCUUUUUCUCCAGAGCACAGCAGAUGCUCGGUAACCCCCUUGAUAUCACUUCUCACACCUCGCGCGACACUUCUGUCAUGCUUCUUAUGGCAUUCUAUUUGAUUGAAGCCAAUCGUCGUGAUGCGGCUUAUAUCAUGAUUAGCGUUGCCCUUCAUCUCGCCAUAAUGGAUGGCGCCCAUUGCAGCUACGGUCAGGGUGAAGACCUCAAACGCACGUUCUGGACCUUAUAUGUGCUUGAUUGUUGGCUAUCAUCUGUGCUCGGACGCCCGCCUAGUAUCUCAGACACUGCAAUUCAUUUAACGUUGCCGCAGGAAUCGCCUGGAUUUCCAAGUCCAGUUGGCCUUCGUGCGCACAUCGACCUUGCCAAGAUCUCGCGUUACAUCGUGUGUAACGUGUACCGAAUAGCACCAUCCGAUCAGUCGUCAACCACGUCUCUACAGCAUGUCGAGCAUGCUCUUUCGCUACUACAGCAGUGGCUGGUAUCUCUACCUCCACCGCUGCAGAUUAAUGGCCAACGAUUGACCAAAGAUAGAGCUUGUCUCGUGCUACAUCUCAUGUAUUACCAAGACAUAAUCCUCACAACAAGACCGAUAUUCUUCGCAGCUACCAAGAAAAUUCUCGCCGACAGGUUUCUGUCGCAAAAGACUCACAAAGACAGAGCGGAAAACUAUCAGGGGGAUUUAUACAAGGCUUGCGUAGGCCACUGCCUCGACGCCGCCCGCGAAAAUAUUCGGCUUGGACGGCUCAUUCGCGACGCCAGUCCCAGGCAGAGGCUCACUCAUCAAGAAGCGCACGCAGUAUUCAACGCAGCUCUAAUCAUAUUGAUGCAGCAGCUUGCCUCUCCCCAAUCAGAUUCAGCGGAGACCGAUGAUGUCGCGUUCGCAAUUGAAGUAUUCCAGCAAGAGGCGAGAUUAGGAAACAACUUUGGCCUGGAUUGUCUCACCGUUCUACAAGAUCUGAGCUUUAUUGCCCACGCGCUGCCACAGACUCAAAUCUCUGUAGCGGAAGAGCAAACCAUAUCCGCUGUCACAUAUACGGCCAGCAAUGAAGCGAAUAUUCAGGCGGAAUCUGCCAUUCCUGCUCCAGAUAUCGACCUCCUUGAAGGUUCAUGCGAUGGUCAGGCUGGAGUAGAGUUAAAUGGUGCAUUGUUCAAGGAGCUACAGACGUGGCUUGAGAAUGACUAUUUGCAGAUAUACAACGAUUUCAGACUUUGA